GACGAGAAAUAGGAUAAAUCCCAUCACAAUCACCUGAUACAAAUACAGACAGCCGGACAGUUAAAGGAGCUGUGCUGUUGCUGUUGGUUUUCCAAACCAAAAGACUUACAGCACCGCUACUUUUCCGAUUCCAAUCUCCGCCUCCUUCUUCUCCUCUCAACUGUUUUGUUCAAAAGCAAAACCCCACUCUGGUAGAAUGUGCUCCUCUCAAUAAUCUAGCUCUGGGUAACCGAGAUUUGGCUCCUUGUCGCCGUCGUCGACACAUAAUUAUGCGUGUCUUGAAGGUCAGAUGACGAUCUCUUGAUCUUACAAAUCAUUUCAGCCGUUUGCAUUUUUUAGAGAGUCCUAGAAAUGGAGAACAACAGUAAAGAACAGGAGGAAAACGGUUGCAAAGAACAGGAGGAUAACACCAACAAAGAGCAGGUAGUAGAGCUGUCACCAUCAUCAUCAGCAUCGGUUUAUGAAAUACCAGGGGAGCCUGCUGUUGUCAUUGAUGGAAUUCUUGUGGUUCCCCCAAGUAAUGGCUCUCUUGUACUCUCUGAGGCCGUGAACGAUGCAGCAUCACUCGGAAAUACAAGAUUUGGUUUAUGGUUGGUUGGAAGGGAAGUACGAAAGUUGUUUGGUGAACAAUAUUACUCUGGUACAGUGACCGAGUUUGAUGAAGAAUCAGGCUGGUGGAGGGUUGUGUAUGAAGAUGGCGACCUUGAAGAUCUCGAGUGGAAUGAGCUGGAACAGGUGCUUCAGCCCUUGGAUAUUAUGGUCCCAUUGAAAUCGUUAGCCCUGAAGACUCUCAAGAAAAUGAAGAAGCCUGUCCAGAAAUCCAAGGGUGCUACAGCUCGACCUCUAAAACAGAAAUCCAAACGCUCGGCAACUAGUGGAAAGAAAGUCUCAGUGGCUGAAGAUGUUCCAAUGAUGACUCCAGAGGUGAAACAGGCUGGAGAAGGUGCGAAACAGUCUGCUAAAAAAAACAAAUGAUUUGAAAAUUAUUGGUUGUGCUAGAAGUUCGAAAAUGCAUAUUUCUUAUCCUCAAAAGGGUACUCAAACUAAGGUAAAAUUUAGACUAGUUAAGGGUACUUUGAUAUGAGUCAUUGUAGUGUUGUAUUGGUUAGGUACAUUACAUAGAUGAGGUUAACAAGACUAGUAACAUUCGUGAUGGAUAUUGUACUGUUUGUAUCUGCCAAAUGUGACUGCAGAAAUAACUUGCUCUUGUAGAACUGUAUUUGGAACGAUGAUUUAAAACUAUUGAAGCGGGAUUUGAUUGG